AGGCUGUACUUCCGGGUCAAAUGUUUGUCAUGUUUUGGUUCUAUUGCUGAUCAGUUUAGUUUCGACUUCAGUCUAUAAAGGUUUACCUCAGUUAUUUUUCGGCAACAUGUCUCGGGGAUCCAGUGCUGGGUUUGACCGCCACAUAACUAUAUUUUCUCCGGAGGGAAGACUCUACCAAGUGGAAUAUGCUUUCAAAGCCAUCAACCAAGGAGGACUGACGUCUGUAGCCGUCAGGGGAAAGGACUGUGCUGUGGUCGUCACACAGAAGAAAGUCCCAGACAAGCUGCUGGAUUCCAUGACAGUCACACAUCUCUUCACAAUCACAGAGAACAUAGGUUGUGUGAUGACCGGCAUGACUGCUGAUGGCAGAUCUCAGGUGCAGAGGGCACGCUAUGAGGCAGCUAACUGGAGGUAUAAAUAUGGCUAUGACAUCCCAGUGGACAUGCUGUGCAAACGCAUGGCAGACAUUUCCCAAGUGUACACACAGAAUGCAGAGAUGAGGCCACUAGGAUGCUGUAUGAUAGUGAUUGGAGUGGAUGAGGAGUUGGGCCCACAGCUGUUUAAGUGUGAUCCAGCCGGCUACUAUUGUGGAUUUAAGGCCACAGCAGCUGGAGUCAAACAGACUGAAGCCACCAGCUUCCUUGAGAAGAAAGUCAAGAAGAAACUGGACUGGGACUGCCAUCACGCCAUAGAGAUGGCAAUCUCAUGUCUGUCCACCGUUCUUUCCAUUGACUUUAAACCCUCGGAGGUGGAGGUGGGAGUCAUCACUACACAAGAACCAAGAUUCAAGAUUCUGUCAGAGUCAGAGAUUGAUGCUCACCUGGUGGCUUUGUCUGAGAAAGACUGAGGGAAAUUGGCAGCCAUAUUACUGCCGUCAGCAUUAUCCCUAAAUUGAAGAUGCAUGGUAUCACUGGAUCGGCCCGCCUCCUUUGCACAAAGGCCUCGUCUAGAAGGAAAAUAAAGGACAAGUUGGUAUCAAAAAGUGUAAACAAUGAAGAACAAUAUGGUGAUUUAAUACCAGGUGGGCUCUGUCUGUGUGCUAUAAACAUACCAUAUACCCUUUUCAUCCCCCUUGGUCAUACCCUGGACUUUAUCGGACUCAGUAUCCACAUAUCGUACUCCUCUGCAAUUUCCUUUGUAGCCGCAUUGAGACAUCCUCCCUGCAGCCAGACGCCAAAAAUCACACAGGCUGGAAAGAUACCGGACUUUCCCAUCAAUCCCCGAUGACACGACGCUCUAACAUGGUCGUGCUCACUUGCAGUUUUAUCGGCUACAGGGUUUUAAUUAACUUCAGUUGAUGAACGUGACAUGAGCAGAUUAGAGGAUGGAGGUGUGGAUACACUACAAUAGAACUCAAUACCUCUUUAACAUGGACUCUGGUCCAGCAGUGUCUUGAGUCACUGUCUUUAAACAGUGCUUUUUAACCAUCUUUACUCAGGGCUGACACCACUUGUAUCUCUUUCAUUGUGUUUCUGUUUGUGCUCUGUUAGAUAACCCAGGGAAUAGCUGUGGGAACAAUCGUCAUGUCACACCCCUGUUUUAAGUCUGCUCAGGUCAACAUCAAUGGGAAGUCGCUCAUUACUUUUUCAUUAUGGACCUCCUCUCCCUCCAUGUUCCUUCUCAUCCUCUCUGCUGCCAUCACUGCACUUCCAUUAAAUGUGUUUUUAUUAAACACUGACCUUUCCCGA